GGGAGAGGCCAGCAGAGGCCCGGCUCCGGCUCCGGAGGCUCCGCACUCCGGCUUCCCUCCUGCUCUGGCUCCCCCGGGGCUGCUCUGGAAUUCUCUCGGUGCCCACUGUUGCCAUGCACUCAGCUGGGCCUCACGGAGCCGAGUCACCCAUGAGCAGGCAGGAAGAGAAGGAUGCUGAGCUGGAUCGGAGGAUAGUUGCCCUUCGAAAGAAGAACCAGGCCUUACUACGCAGGUACCAGGAGAUCCAGGAAGACCGGCGGCAGGCGGAGCAGGGCGGCAUGGCCGUGACCACAGCGGAAUUCCUCCGACCCGAUGGCCUCACUGUCACUAUCAGCCAGGUCCCCGGCGGGAGGCGGGUGGUCAGCCGGAACUGGGCAAGACCCCUCAGACCUGGAGCAGCCGAUGAGAUGCUUGAGGACGAUGAGGUAGAGGACCACACUGGUACUUUCUGCCUGGGGGAACGGGUAGAGCUGGCUGUGACCAUGGAAAACAAAGCUGAGGCCAAACGGAUCGUAAGUGAGAAGCCCACCAGAGCAAGGAACCAGGGCGCAGAAGGGUCACGUGGAAGGGGCUUGGGCCGGACCCCCUCCAUACAGAUGGCCAACAGCUCGGAUUCUGCACGGAAAGGUGCUCGGGAGCCCCAGAGUCCAGGCCUGGUCCCAGGCCCGGUUCCCCACCGGCCCGUGGGGGGACCUGUGGAGGUGGGCUGGGACUAUGCCCAGUGGAAGCAGGAGCGGGAGCAGAUCGACCUGGCCCGUGUGGCCAGGCACAGAGAUGCACAGGGUGACUGGCGCCGCCCAUGGGACCUGGACAAGGCCAAGCCCACGCUACAGGACUCCGGCAAGCCUCAGGAAGAGGGUCCGGCCAGGGUGGGCGGCACCAGGGGUCCCAGGAGCCACCGGAAGUCACAGCCCCCACCACUGUCCCUUGAUGGUAAAGGUGGUACUACUCGGGGUGGGCAACCCAGCAGACCCUCAGUGGUGUCGGCCACACGAAGCAAAGCCCGGGGGACAGAGAGGCUGACCGGCAGGGCCCGCAGGUGGGAAACGAAGGAAGACAAGCAGGAGCUGGAGAGCCAAGAGGGAAGCCAAAAUAGCAGAAAGACUCGGAGCCAGGAGGAGCAUUCACAGAAGCAGAGCGGGAUGGAGCUGGGCCGACCCACAAGUGCCCCACCAACCAGCCCAGCCCCAGGAUCCCCAGGGCGGCCACAAAGGGGGUCAGGAGCCUCCGUGGCUAGUCCAGUCCCUGGCUCUCCACAAAGCACUGACUUGAUUCCCCUUGACCUUUCUCUAGGAGGGGCCGGUAGCCCCGGGGCCGGGGAGAGUAUGUGUGCGCUCACUCCAAGGCCCGGGGCCCAGGAGAACCCUGUGUCCUCGCCGGACGGUUCUGAGCAGCUCCUGGGGUGGGGUGACCCCCAGGCUGAGCCGGAAGUACAGACUUGUUCUGAGCCACAAGGAGCAGGGCCGCUAGAGCCCAGAGAGGACAAGUCUGGCAAGCCUGGGGCCCAGCAGGGCUUGGCACCACGAAGCAGGCCCCCCAGAGGAAUGGGCCAAAGGGCAAGGGGCACAGGAGGUAUGAGAGGCAGGACAGGACAGGCUGGCCCUGCAGGAAGAUGCUGAGCAAAGCCCCUGGGCGCACAGGGGCCAGGCUGGGGAGAGAAGGAGGGAAGAACGCAGGCAGACUCUUGCGUGCGAUGGGUAUCUGGAUGCUGGGGGCUUGUGGCAGUCUGGCUGAGCAGCUGGGCAAACUCUCUAGUGGGGUGACAUUGGGAGGGCAAGGAGCUGUCCUUCCUUGCCCCUCAUGGGCACAUCCCGUGCAUAGGUGUGUUUUUACCUGCAGGUAAAGCUCCUGGUGUAUUCCUAUGCCACCCCUGGUCUCUGAGGCUGUUGAGCCCUGCCCUGGGUCCAUUGCCACCGAGGCCACAAGCUUCCCUGCCAUGGCAAGAACUCGAGGCUUAGAAGCACUCGGCACCUGGCUCUCCUGGCCUCUGUCACCCCCGAGGCCUGGCUUCUCUUUCUGGUUGCGGCUUCGGCUCCUCAGGUGCAGGCAGCCUCGGUAGCUGGCAGGACAAGUCCAGGCCUGAGCCCCUUCCCCAGCCUCUGCCUUGCACCCAGGGGACACACGACCCCAAACUCCCAGGAUGGCCAAAGCAGGGGAAUCUCAGCCAUCAGCUGGCAGCCUCUAGCCUUUCUGGAAGAGGAGGCUGAGGCUCGAAGGAAGGGAGGCCACGGCAGGUAAGGGACUGAGCUGGGGACAGAAGAGCAGAGCUCAGGUUUCCUCCCCAAAAGAGAGGGUCCCUGGAAAGGGCUCCUCUCUGAAACGGCCUGGGGUGGGGUGGGGAGAGGACAGCCUCUUCUCCCCACAGCAGGGUGGUGAGCUCAUCAUCAGGGAUACCCUCCCCCACACCCAGGUCAGACAGCAAGUAUACCGUCAGGACAGCAUCAAGGGGGUGCAGGGGGUAGCCCAGGGCCAUUUCCUGCCAUCUCCUACCCCCCCCCCCACCUCCCCUGCACCGCGGGCACGCCAAAGCGAGGACUCAGACAAGGGACAGAGAAAGUGACUCUAGCUCAGUACAACUUCAGGAGGCGUCUUUCCUACUUAGUCUCCGUCCCCACCCCUCCCCCGAGGCCCACGGCUGGUGAAUUAUUCAGACGCCACACAAGCUGUGGCUUCCUCUCGAUUCAACAAACAUUUCCUGAGCACCCACUAGCAGCAGUGCGGCCGGUGGGCGAUGGUGACUCCGCCAGCAAGAGGGAGGGAGAAACCCAGUCAUCCCGCAGCUCCAGGCCGCACGGCAGAGCCUGGCGGGAGCUGGGGACGGUGGUAGGAGCGCAGAGAGAACCAUCUCACCUCUGCUCGAAAAGGCAGGUGCCCCUUCCUCCCUCACCACGUGUGGCUCUCCCCAUGUGGCCCCCUCUGCUCCCCUCCUCUUUGGCCCUGCGGGGGCUCUCCCUCUCGGCUGAGGGUCCCGGGCCUCCCCAGCCUCUCUGGCUUCUCUAGGGAGUGUCUAGAUCAUCCCCAAGGAUGCUCCCUUGUCAGUGAGGGCUAAACGGUGGGGUCACAGCUGGGGCUUCCUCACUGGUUCCUGCUCCACCCUCCACCCUCUCUACUCAGGAAGCAUGAGGACGGGGUGUCUUGUCAGCAGAUCAGCGUGCUCCUCACAUGUGAGGGUGCAGAGUAAUGCAGAUUCUAAUUCAGUAGGUCUGUGGUGGGCCUGGAAAUGUGCAUUUCUAAGAGGCUCCUCAUGACACCUGUGCUGCUGGUUUCUGGACCACAGGUUGAGCAGCAAGGGUUUGGACUAGAAUCUGCGGAGGGCUAGGGGCAGACAGACUCCAGACUCCGAAGACUCACUGCCGGCUAUACUGGGGACCCGGCUAGGGCUGCCCCUGCCAGGUGGGAGCUUCCUGGCUUCAGGGUCGGGUGGAAAGCUGAGGCACCUGGGAAGACACUUGAGAGGCCAGUGAGUGGGUGGUGCCAACUUCCUGUAGUGGGGAAUGAGGAAGUUGGUUGGGAAUGGGACGAGGUGAAGGGGGUGGAAGAGGUUGGUUUGGGGUUGAUUAGAGGAAUUUUGAAAAGGCUUGGGAAUAUUCUUAUGCACUUAGGAAGAAGACCCCUGUGAGACAUGAAUAGGUAAAGGUGAAUGACUCCAAGCUCAAGUUUCCUCUUGCCCUCCAGUCAUCCAUAGAUGCACUUGGAGCAUGACCCUGGACUUGACCCAUGACCCAAAGGAUGGAGCUGGGGAAGAGUAGAUUCAGGCAGAGCCCUUGAAUUCAGAUUAUCUCCAAAAAUAAUCAUGAUCAAGAAUUUGAAUUCUAAGAUUCACAAACUACUCCCCAACCCCCCAGUGCUACCAACUGUACAGAUGGGCCUUCAUUAGGGACUGUAGGCCUAGGUAUGUUUGACUAUGGGAUGGGGAUAUAGCACUGGGGCGGAACUCUGGUUCAGCCCUCACAACAGGACCUAAGCAGGAGAGAAAGCUGGGUUAUGAAGGGCUACCGAGAAAGAGGGCUUCUCUCCCAGGAUGUCCUGGGAGUCACUAGGGCUUGGAGAGUGUGGAGACUGGCCCAGGACAUCAUCCCUGUAGGAAGACUGUAAUGCCAGGCAAGUAUCACUGAGCUCUCCUCAAAAAAAGGGGGAGCCCUUCUUCAGGAUAAGGGAGCCAGCAGCUAUGGUGGCUACCCUCCUCCCCUUGGAUGGAACCAGCUAUGGAGCCGGAGGGAAGCAGGGAUACCCCUCCACAAACCUCAGGGUCAUGGAAGCCUGGCUGUAGCAAUUCCUGGCUCCCUUGUUUAAAGGCCUGGCUGGGAGACUUUCUCUCAGAACCUCCUCUCCAACCGACUGAUGAGACUCUCCUCAAAGGUGGGAAGCUCUUCAUGAGACAGAGCUUUAAGGAGCCCAGGCACAGAGCUGGGGGAACAGAGAAGGAAGCUUCCUGCAGAGUAGGGAGAGGACAGCUUGACUUAAGGCUUCAUAACAAGGAGGGCGGAGAGGGCAGAAGAUAGCUCUGUCCUGAGCCCCUAUCACCUGGGCAGAAGGGAGCAGCAGACCAGAUUGCAAGGGAGGUGUGUUUUUGGAGGAUUGGCAGCAUGGGAGAGUGGAAUAGACAUGGGCCUUGGAAUCCAACAGACUGAAUCUUAACCUAGGUCUCUCAUCAGCUAGCUGGGUGAUCUUGAUCGAGUUUAAACCCCCAAAGCCUCAGUUUCCUUAUCUGCAAAAUGGGGCCAGUAACAGCCUUGAAGUGUUGUCAAGAAAAUUAAAGAGUAUGCAAAACAUGCCCCGCUCACUAAGUAGGCACUCUAUGAACAGUAGCCUGGCACUCAGUCAAAUGUGUUGAAUAAAGGAAGUCGCUAUUUGGUUUGA